CGUGACGCGGCGGCAAGGCGGAAGGGGGGGGGGCCAAGAUGGCGGCGCUGGGCCCCGCGCGGGCCGCGCUGAGGGCUCCGCUCUGCGCUCUGCUGUGCCUGGCGCUGGCGGCCGCCGCCCGGGGCAAGCCGAGCCCCGUGAAGGUGCUGUCGGACGGGAUGUGGCGGGAGCUGCUGCACGACGAGUGGAUGGUGGAGUUCUACGCGCCCUGGUGUCCCGCCUGCGAGAACCUGCAGCCCGAGUGGGAGAAGUUCGCCGAGUGGGGAGAGGACCUGGGGGUGAACGUGGCCAAAGUGGAUGUGACGGAGCAGCCGGGGUUAAGUGGGCGAUUUAUCAUCACAGCUCUCCCUACCAUCUAUCACUGCAAAGAUGGAGAGUUCAGGAGAUACCAGGGAGCAAGGACCAAAGCUGCCUUCAUUAAUUUCAUCAGUGACCAGGAGUGGAAAUCCAUUGAACCAGUGUCCUCCUGGUUUGGUCCUUCCUCUUUCCUGAUGAGCAGCAUGUCAGCGUUGUUCAAGUUGUCCAUGUGGAUCAGGCACGGCCAUGGCUAUUUAACAGAAAACCUUGGAAUACCAGUCUGGGGCUCCUAUGCUGUUUUUGGAUUGGCAACUCUGUUCUUAGGAAUGGUCCUGGGACUUAUGAUGGUGUUCCUGGCAGACUGCAUCUGUCCCUCCAAAAGGCACAGACCACCACAGCUCCAGCCUCAGUCAAGGAAACAAGGUCCAGAGCCAGCUCAUCUGCUGAAAAACAGGUAUGAAGAGCAAGAAGCAGAUGAGGGAGAUGUCUCAGAUGAUGCAACAGAGGGAAAGGAGGGGAGAAAGAGAGACUCAUCCCCGGGUGGUGUCCGGCAGCGCCCCGUGCCCAGUGCUGCUCCACUGGAGAAAUCUUAGCUGCAUUUGCACCAGGAUUAGUGCUUGAGUCAGCCACUCAAAGGGAGAUCAAUGUCAAAUCCUCCAGCUUGAAGAGAAGAAUGACUCCUGGCUUGGUAAUGUUGCUGCAUGUCUUGAAUUUGGAGGAAAUAAUAAUAAAAUAAAAAAGCAUCAGGUAUUCCAAAGGAAAACUCGCUGUUGCAAAUAGCUGGAACUUCUCCUGCCUCUGUGCAGAGGAGUGCCAAGGAAUAAUUGCUGUGGCUUCUGGACUGAUUUGUUCCCCAGGGAUUAUUUGGAAGAGAAUGUAAACCAGAGUCAUUCUUCCAUUAGGGAGCAUUAGCAAGGAAAAUGCACUCACCUGGUUCUUGGUUAAACCUCCCAAAAGGUUCCCUGUUCUUAUACUGUUUUUCAGUAUAGAUCUCUCUAGCUGUGCCCUGAAGAAACGCUGAGGGGAAAAGUUCCUUUAGUUAUGGAACUAAAAUUCCUUUAGUUUAGGCUUUUUACAUGACAAAAACUGCUUUGUGCUAUGACAAUGAGAGCUACAACCCCCCCCCCAACCUUUUUUCUUACAAAGAGCUGAUGGAACUUAGCACAAGCACUGUGCAGUGGGAUCCUCUGGCUGACCAGAAACCUGCUGCUUGCAUCCAUUUCUUCCAGAAAAGGCUGUAGAAAACUCUCUGAGCUUCUUGGCAAAGUAGUUUUUCUCUAGCAACAAGUGACAAGCAGCACCUUGAAGUCUUGUCUAGCUCUGUGACUCCACGUGGCAGUAGUUUACAUGCAGGGUUCUCUGUGCAAAUCCUCUCCAUUCCUCCUCCUGGCUGCCAGCAGGACUCUGCUUGUUUUUAAUCCAUCAUUUCUUACUCAAAUCUUGCUGCAAAUCCAUGCAGGCUGUACCUGGCCUGAAGUUAAAAUAACUCCUUUCUAUUUCUUCUACAGAACCUUUUUUUUUUUUUUCCUCCUGUUUUCACAAAACCAUUUUGGAACAUUAAACCUGAAUUUUUUCUUUAAAAAGAAAAAAAGUAGUUUACUCUUGUCUGUAUGGUGUUUGUUUUCACUCUGUAUAGAAAUAAAAAGAAUGCACAUGCCCAUUGGA